AGUUGCCCCUGCCUCGAAUCAUUGUUCUGGAAGCUGUGCCAGCCAGCUUCUUGUUGCUGAGCUACUGUUUCCUAGCAUUUCAUAGGCACUAUCGAUUUGGGAGUAAACCGAUGGAGCUUGAGAAGGAUUUAGAGUGGGGACUAGGAAAACAUAGUAACUAUAGGAACCACUGUAUAAAUUAUAAUAACCAUACAGAGGAUAACUGAUUGAGUAGCCUGUUUAAUGAAGCACAGGAUGGAGAGGGCGUCUUCUUCACAUUUUAAAACCUGUCUUCGAGUUAUGUUAAGAUUGAAUUUCUGUUCUCAAGUACCACAAAGUAACUGCAUGACAUCUUCUACAUUUUAAAGCUUCUUGCCUUACUUUUUCCAGGACUGAAGUGUGUGUGUCUUUUGUGUGACUCUUCCAACUUUACCUGCCAAACUGAAGGAGCAUGUUGGGCCUCUGUCAUGUUGACCAAUGGGAAAGAGCAGGUGAUCAAAUCUUGUGUGUCCCUCCCGGAAUUAAAUGCUCAAGUCUUCUGCCACAGUUCCAACAACGUGACCAAAACCGAAUGUUGUUUCACAGACUUUUGCAACAACAUCACACUGCACCUUCCAACAGUAUCGCCGAAUGCCCCCAGACUCGGCCCCACGGAGCUGACGGUGGUUAUCACCGUGCCUGUUUGCCUGCUCUCCAUAGCUGCCAUGCUGACAAUAUGGGCAUGUCAGGACCGCCAGUGCACAUACAGAAAGACCAAGAGACACAACGUGGAGGAACCUCUGGCAGAGUACAGCCUGGUAAACGCGGGAAAAACACUCAAAGAUUUGAUUUAUGACGCCACUGCCUCCGGUUCAGGCUCUGGUCUGCCUCUUUUGGUGCAAAGAACAAUUGCAAGGACUAUUGUACUUCAAGAAAUAGUAGGAAAAGGUCGAUUUGGGGAAGUGUGGCAUGGAAGAUGGUGUGGGGAAGAUGUGGCUGUGAAAAUAUUCUCCUCCAGAGAUGAAAGAUCUUGGUUUCGGGAGGCAGAAAUUUAUCAGACAGUGAUGUUGAGACACGAGAACAUCCUUGGCUUCAUUGCAGCUGACAACAAAGAUAAUGGAACUUGGACUCAACUUUGGCUUGUAUCAGAGUAUCAUGAACAGGGCUCCUUAUAUGACUAUCUGAAUAGAAACAUAGUAACCGUGGCUGGGAUGAUCAAGCUGGCACUUUCCAUAGCCAGUGGUCUGGCUCACCUACAUAUGGAGAUUGUUGGUACUCAAGGUAAGCCUGCUAUCGCUCAUCGAGAUAUAAAGUCAAAGAAUAUCUUAGUGAAAAAAUGUGACACUUGUGCCAUAGCUGACUUAGGGCUGGCUGUGAAACAUGAUUCAAUCAUGAACACUAUAGACAUACCCCAGAAUCCCAAAGUGGGAACGAAGAGGUAUAUGGCUCCUGAAAUGCUUGAUGAUACAAUGAAUGUGAGCAUCUUUGAGUCCUUCAAGCGAGCUGACAUCUAUUCUGUGGGGCUGGUUUACUGGGAAAUAGCUCGAAGGUGUUCGAUUGGAGGAAUUGUUGAGGAGUACCAGUUGCCUUAUUAUGACAUGGUGCCUUCGGAUCCUUCAAUAGAAGACAUGAGGAAGGUUGUUUGUGACCAGAAGUUCCGACCAAAUAUUCCAAACCAGUGGCAAAGCUGUGAAGCACUCCGGGUCAUGGGAAGAAUCAUGCGUGAGUGCUGGUAUGCCAAUGGGGCAGCCCGCCUGACAGCCCUGCGUGUGAAGAAGACCAUUUCUCAGCUAUGUGUCAAGGAAGACUGCAAAGUCUAGCACCACAGAAGACAAAAGGAAACUGGCUACAGCAUCCUUUUGUGUCUCCUGCUUUGUGUAAAUGUUUUUGCUUCUUUUUGCCGUGUUUUGUUUUAGUUCUACCUCAAUGAUGAUUCAUGACAGUGUUUAGGUGUCUCAAAGGCAGCAUGAAAAGAUAACUCUAAAGUUAAGCAUGGGCAGGUCUUGACUUUUCCAAUCUCCAUGUUGUCAUUAAUUUUAUUUUUAAAGGUGACACAACUCAUUUUUUUAUUUAAGGAGGAAUAUGUUAUGAAUAUAAAAUAAGCUACAUAAGAUAGUAAAACAAAACAAAACAAAUUGUUGUUUUACUUGAACCAGGAGCACACACAAACGCGAUGAAAAUAUACAAAAAAUGUGAACUAGGGCAUAUUAUAGGAAAAUAGAACUUUAGAAGCUAUCUGGACCCUUGAAAAGUAACGUUUGCUCAGAAUGUUAAUAUCGAAAGCCUGAAACGGUGGAGAUCAUCAGUGGGUUCUGAGAGCAAGGUGAUUCUCUCCGUGCAUGCGCUCUCCUCCCUGCUGGCCACUCUCUUCAUUACCAUGACAGCAUUCCCAAAGUAGUUAGAAAGCCACCCGAGCUGCUGCUUGUGAUAUCAUAAAGAAGUCCCUGACGUCUUGAACACUGUGAACUGUUUCAGAGUCACAGAGCUCAUGCCAGAGAUGGUGACAACGCCUGUGACAUCAAACACUGUGAAGUCGGCUGGCCCUCCACAUUCCCUUCAGGUCCCACAGUUCUUUUCUCCCUAAGCGGGAGGGAGCAUCUUCAGUCAUAAUACUUUUAAUUUAGUCAUAGAGACACUAUAUAGAGUAUUUUGUAAGACCAGAACGGGCUUGCUAGAAUCUCAAAACCAAUCUACUAUCAUUUCCUCAUAAAAAAAUGUCAUCGUUAUCCCAUUCUUUAAUGAGAAAAAUGUUUUCUGAACAUUGCCAAAGACUGACCAAGUAUAAACAUAUAUUGUCUAGAGAUGUAUAUCUUAAGAUGUAAUUACCUUGGGGUACAUAUUUAGAAAUAAAAUGACAAGAAGAUAAAGAUUUUGAGAAAAACUAAGAGAACUCUCCCAGAAGAGUUUAACCUCUGACUGGUACAGAGAGGACAACAUUGGUUAUUAGAAGACAUUCUUAGCCUUUUAAGAGAACUGUGAGUAGAGAGUUUUGGAGGCUCUGCCUCUAUUCUCCUUUUUUGAGGUAUGAAAUAUUUAACAGGACACCUGAUAUUUCAUUCCAAUGUACUAUACUGCUUUAGUAAAGGUGAUUUAGCAUGUCCUUCAGUGUUCCCAAACUCCAUUACUCAGAACAUUCUUCUGCCUGGAUGUGUUCUCUGACAGGAUCUUGCAGAGUGACGCUGCACACUAGCACAUCCCAUCCUUUGAGGGUUCUGGCAGUAAAGACACAUUACCUGGAUAUUUAAAAGGGCAAAUAUUUGAUCAAGCAUAGUGCAGUCUUUUCAUUACAGGUAGGGCAAAAUUUUACUUUUUGGCUUUUAGAUGUUCUACACAGUAUAACAUGGGGGGUCCCGUUCUGAAGGAUGCACCUAAGUUUUCCACAAGAAUACAACUUUGUGUGUACAUUUCACCGUGGCAAUAUGAUAUGGGAUUCAUUUCAUUUGUCUAGGCUGAGAUAAGAGAAACAAAAUGCCUUGAUGACUAUGGGGUUUGCCUAUAUUUCCAUUCUCAAUCAUGCAUUCAUCCAUUUAUAAGCACAGAGCACCCCAUAACUCACUUGCCACAAUAUUGGGUACAAGAGGGAAUAAAAAGAUAGAUAGGUCCUGCCCUCAGGGAUUUUAAAGUCUAAUUUGGGAGUGGGAAAAAGCGUAUGAGUAUGAGGGAAGAAAGUAAAUUGACAGAUAAAAUAUGCAGUGGGAUGUCUUGAGUUCUGUGUGACAAUGCUUUCUAGAAUAGGUCUGAAAAAAAUCACUUCCAAUUUGCAACACAUUUAGAAAGGAUCUUUAUUUAGAUAUUAUAGUCUAAUUAUAUUAUCAGUAUCGAAAAGGUGCGCCUAUGUGAAUGGAUAUUAAAAGGAACUGUGUGAAGGGGUGAUCUGGCUUGUGUUUAUUACCUUACUUCACACAGUUUCUGCAUGAAGGAAAUGAAAUGAUUGACUUAGAUGAUUGUAUUCAAAUCUUUAAUAAAAACUUAAUACAUCCUGUUCUAUUUACCACACUGCUUUGUGAAUAUACUUACUAGAUUUUUGAGAGAGGGUGUUUUAUCAUCUUUAUUUUUUGUCAUUAUGUUUUAUAAUUUAUUUGAGAGUAUGCGAAUGUAACUUAUAUUUUAUUGAUUCAGAUUUCACUGUGGAGAAAUCUGCACAUCGGUGUGUUCUGAGACGUUUCGCUUGUUCUUAUGCUGCUGAACUGUAAUUCCUGAGUAAAUAAUCUUAAAGGACAGAGCGGCAAAUGUGUAAGGGAAGCAGCAGAACUCGUAGUUUUUCCUUAACUCUCAGCACAGUUAGACAUAGAAACCGCUCACUUAUUAAAAAUA